GGACGGCGGCAUUUCCACAAGCCAUAAUACUUUUUCGUCAGCCGUGUUAUGUCAUCAUAGGUUAUUAAGGACGUCUGUGGUACAGCAUUGAAAAAAAGCAAACCAACGAGUAUUAUCAGUAAUUCUAAGUAAAGCUUAUUGUUUUAACGAGAAACAGUUGACUCGCUGAGAAAUUUGGAGAGCCUAAUAACUUAUCCAAAGUACAAACUAUUGCCUUCCUCUGGUAGCCUAGCCUCAGAUAUUAGAAAUGGCUACUCCCCAGUCAGUUUUUGUCUUUGCGAUUUGCAUUUUAAUGAUAACAGAAUUGAUCCUGGCUUCAAAAAGCUACUAUGAUAUCUUAGGUGUGCCAAAAUCUGCUUCAGAGAGACAAAUAAAGAAGGCCUUUCACAAAUUAGCCAUGAAGUACCACCCUGACAAAAACAAGAGCCCUGAUGCUGAAGCAAAAUUCAGAGAGAUUGCAGAAGCAUAUGAAACUCUCUCAGAUGCUCAUAGGCGGAAAGAGUACGAUACAGUUGGACACAGUGCUUUCACUAAUGGCAAAGGACAGAGAGGGAGUGGAAGUCCUUUUGAGCAGUCUUUUAACUUCAAUUUUGAUGACUUAUUUAAAGACUUUAAUAUUUUUGGCCAGAACCAAAACACUCGGUCCAAGAAGCAUUUUGAAAAUCACUUUCAGACACGCCAGGAUGGCUCCAAUAGACAGCGGCAUCAUUUCCAGGAGUUUUCUUUUGGCGGUGGAUUGUUUGAUGAUAUGUUUGAAGAUAUGGAGAAAAUGUUUUCUUUUAGUGGCUUUGAGACCACCAAUCGACACACAGUACAGACUGAAAAUAGAUUUCAUGGCUCUAGUAAGCACUGCAGGACUGUCACUCAACGAAGAGGAAAUAUGGUUACUACAUAUACUGACUGUUCAGGACAAUAGUUGGUUCUUCCAGUUUCCACUAAGCCCUCUUAGUUUAUUCUUUCUCACUAUGUGUGAUGAAAAAACAGUUUUCUCUGAACUAUUUUAACAAAUGCAUGAUUUCACAUAACAUUAAGCCAUUGGUUGUAGGUAUUCCAUAUAUUAAAUUUUUUUGACAGAUUCAAUCACAUACAGCUAGCAGACAACUCUAAUUAUUAAUUUUCCUGAUUAGGAAAAAUUCUUUUGAAAGAAGAUCAUUUGCAAGAUCUUUUUUUCUUUACCUAUCGUUUAACUCUUUAAUUUGGCCACACACGCCCAAAAAAUCCACAAACAAAAUUCAAUUUGUCUGGUACAUACUUAAGAUUAAACUUUAAAAGAUAAAUUGUGUGAUCUUGAAUAAUUUUUGCAGUGAAACCUCUGCUAAUUUAAAAUCGCAUGCCCUGUAGCACCUGUGAGUUGGGUUACUAAAUGUCUGUGAAACUAAUUGAGUUGGUCAGUGAAGGAGACAGUAGGCUCCGGGCUAAUUGCCACUGAAUGCUUUAGAAAGUGGUGGUUUGAUAUUUAUCACAAAAAGAUGCCUCUUCUGCAGUAGAAUUGGUGUAACAGGAAUGAUUGUAUUGCACGUAGUUAAGCUGAAAAAGUUUAAAACUUAAGAUGAAAUAUUUGCCAAGAGAUUGUGUUUGGUCCUGAGCUAAUGAUUUUGUAUGAUCAAAAUCAUAGCUACUUAAACAUCUUUUUCUUUUUUGUUGACUUUCUAGGUCUUAGUAUUAGUUUAUGUAUUUUGGUUUUUUUUGUGUGUGUGUUUUAGGUUUUUUUUUUUGUUUGUUUGUUUGUUUUUUUUUUUUGGUGUGUAUGUGUAUAGUUCCUCUUGAACUUACCUUUAUCUAGAGAUUGACUAAUACCUCAUUCUUUUUAUAAAAGCAGCCAGUAAUUUCUGUGCAACCUUUUAUGUGCAAUAUUUUUAAAUCCUAAGAAAUGUGUGCUUUUGUUGUUGUUAGAGUUAUUUCUUUAGUUCUGCACUUUUCCAUGUUAUACUCCGUAUGAGUGUUAAUCCUAUGGAUGCAUAUGAAAAUAGUAAUGUCUCAUGCAAUAUUGUGUGUGAAUGAGAAAUACAAAUAUUUACAACCUGA